AUGUGGAUAAGCUCGAAUACGCUGAGCUCUGCGUUUCUCACGACUAUACUGUGUUCUGUGUUCGCUGAGGAUUUAAGAAGAGGAGCGUGCCAAGAGAAUCAACUUUCAAUCGAGUGUGGAUCAGAGUUGAGACCAGACAUCCACGACCUAGCUGGAAACGCGAGCUUAUUGAGCACGGACCUCACCAAGAUGACCUUGGCAAGUUUCCUGGAUUUCCUGUCCGACAGCUCUCUUCGAAGCAUACUGUUGGAUAUUCUACAGGACUCAAUCAGAUUGGCAUCUCGAUUCUCCCUGAAUGCUCUCGAGGGGGAUCGGGGUCAACUCCGCCGGACAGUUCUUGUAGGAUUGCUCGACUUCUCCGACCAAUUCAUGAACGUCACCAAGCAUUUCAUGGAUAGCACCUACGUUGGAUCGAACAUGUUGACGGCUCUCGGCAGACUUCAAAAAAUGUCUGACUCCUCGGAAGUCUUGCUUCGAAAAAUGGGGAGAACAAAUCUACUGACUUUUAUGGCGUUCACAACCGUGGAAUCAUCAAUCGGUCUCGUCGAACGAUGCCUCAACCCCGAACGCAUGAGGGACGGGUGUACACUUUUCCUCGACACUAAGAAAUUCGUCAUCAGGAACCUAAGACCGAUGGUCGAUCAAUAA